GAAGGUAUAGUCUACAUCUCACCACAUUCCCCUAUCAGUCCCAUGGCUGUCCCUUCAUUUAUCUUUGCUUCUUUCAUGAGUCUACUAGCAUUGGGGUCUAUUCCCACAUGGGCUGCGGCUCGCGCUUUCUUUGUCUUUGGAGAUUCUCUUGUUGACAGUGGCAACAACAACUACUUGGACACCACAGCUCGUGCCGAUUCUCCUCCUUACGGCAUUGAUUACCCGAACCGACGACCCACUGGUCGUUUCUCUAAUGGCCUAAACAUUCCAGACAUCAUCAGUGAGCAUCUUGGUGCUGAGCCCACAUUGCCUUACUUGAGCCCUGAACUUGGCGGACAAAAGCUGCUCGUUGGCGCCAACUUUGCAUCAGCAGGGAUCGGAAUCCUUAAUGACACCGGGGUCCAAUUCCUAAACAUUAUAAGAAUGUCCACGCAGCUUCAUUACUUUGAGCAAUACCAGCAACGGUUGAGGAGGUUGAUUGGUGACGCCCGAACAAAACAGCUUGUGAACCAGGCGCUCAUCUUGGUCACCGUUGGUGGCAAUGACUUCGUUAAUAACUAUUACUUAGUGCCAUACUCUGCUCGGUCUCGCCAGUUCACCUUACCGGACUACGUUCGAUUUCUAAUAUCAGAGUUUAAAAAAAUCCUAGGGGAGCUAUACAAGUUAGGUGCACGGAAGGUCCUGGUGACUGGAACUGGACCCUUGGGAUGUGCCCCAGCUGAACUAGCUAUGCGACGUCGGUCCACAGGCAACUGCGACCCAGAGCUGCAGCGAGCCGCGGCGUUGUACAACCCUCAGCUGGAACAGAUGCUGGGUCAACUCAACAAUGAAAUCCAAGCAAACGUCUUCGUGGCCGUUAAUACCCGGCUCAUGCAGAGAGAUCUCUUCAGUGACCCCCAAGCAUUUGGUUUUGCAUCAUCUAAGGUUGCAUGCUGUGGGCAAGGGCCUUUCAAUGGGAUUGGACUUUGCACUGAGCUAUCGAACUUGUGCCCCAAUAGAAGCUUACACACAUUUUGGGACCCCUUCCAUCCAUCAGAACGAGCGAACCGGAUCCUCGUCAAUAUGAUAAUGACUGGAUCCAAUAGGUACAUGAACCCUAUGAACUUGAGCACCAUCUUGGCCAUGGAUUCAAUGACCUAGCUUCUCAUGGACUAUCUUCAUAUUUCUUUUUGUUGUAUGCUGUUUUGGGUGUCUGUAGUUGAUUGUAACGUUUCAUGUUUAUGUGCAAGUGUCUUUGCCUUCACUGCUGUUAAGCAGGCUGUUUUAAUGAUCUUAGAUGGGAAUUUGUGUUUUGAAGCUCACCUAGAUAUCUUUGUAUGGAUGGUACAUGAUUUUGUGUGCAAAUGGCUCAUUUUUAUUUCUAGAAUGGAAACC